CGAGUGCAUGUUGAAUAAAACUAUACUGGAAUAAAUCAUUGCGAAAAAGAGCUUGCAGAGAGAUUAUUUCUGUGAUGUGAAAUCAUGCUGUUAUGCUAACGCUUCUGGAGCAAAUCGAUUAAACGUGGAGUUUAAAACCUGGAAAUUAAAAGCUUGUGUCAAUCGGUCCUCAGUCCGAGUGGUUUUUUAUACUGUGUAUUUUUAAAUACUUAACCUAAGAUGAAUGUCGAAGCGUUGGUAUCGUUUUUACUUUCCUUGCUUAUAGCGAGAGCGAUUUGCAGUUCAGUUCUAGUGGCUGAUUUGACGAUGUCCAGAAUGGUUGAACUCAGUAGCCGUCCUCCAUACUGCAAGAUUCACUUAGAUCGAGGCGACAUACAACGGAUGCUGUUGGCCUUUGAUGCAAAGAAGGUGCGACAGGUGCCACGAGAAUCGGUGAUGGCCCUAGAGGAGGUAUGCAACGAGGCUAGUGGAAUUUCAGGUGAACUACAAGGUGGCCUUGGAUUUAUCUAUCCGGGAACGAAGUGGUGUGGACCAGGAAGUAUCGCGACCAACUAUUCGGAUGUGGGCAGAUAUGCCGACGAGGAUCGGUGCUGUCGUGAGCAUGACAUGUGUCCGAACAUUCUGCUGCCGGGAGAGUGCCGUCGAGGUCUGUGCAACCGUGGUGCAUUCACAAGAUCGCACUGUGACUGUGAUGCAAGGUUUAGAAGAUGUUUACAAAAUCUCAACACCGAAACCUCAAACACUUUGGGAGCUGUCUUCUUCAACGUGAUACAGGUGACCUGCUUCAGCGAGAGGCGCCCAUGCUCAGUUUGGCAGAGCGCUGAAAACUACGCGAUGGAGUCAUGUUCGCUGCGGUUUGCUCCAUCCGAUUAUUAUGUGCCACCUUAUCUGCAACGAACAUAUCACUUUCAUAAAAACUCAAUCAAACGUUCGUUUGAUACAAAACCCUACGAAAAUGUUAACAGACUGCAGCUGAAGCGAGAAUCGUUGAACUUGAUUUCCAGAAAUUUGGUAAAAGAUGCAGUUAUUCGACCAUUGAAUGGGUUCAUUAAAUACUAUCUCACUGCCAAGUCCGUUGUCUACGGUUAAGGUUAACAGUGAGGUCAGCUGAUAGAUAUGCAGA